UGACAUUUCGAGGGGAAGGUCAGAGCUGCGCCUCGUACACUCGCGGCCUCUCAACCCCCAGGGACGACGAGUCUGACAACGCUGUUGCACCACAGCCAGACCAGGCCAGUUCCGAGUCGCCCACCAUGCCGGCAGAAGAAGCGCCGUUGGGCAAGCUCGAUGGCCUCGAGCUGCCAGCUGCAGCAGACAUGCAUGUGCAUUUGCGGGAGGGCGAUAUGACCGAGAUUGUGGUGCCCACCAUUCGCCAAGGCGGCGUCAAUACUGUGUUUGUCAUGCCAAAUCUCGUGCCUCCGAUCACGACAGUCCAUCAUGCUCUCCAAUACAAGAAGCGCCUCGAAGAGCUGGAGCCCAAUGUCCUCUUCCUCAUGUCACUGUACCUGCACCCUAACAUCAAGCCGGAGACCGUGAUUGAAGCCAAGAAGAAGGGUAUUGCUGGAAUCAAGUCUUAUCCUCAUGGAGUUACCACAAACUCGAGCCACGGUGUCAUGUCGUACGAAGACUUCUAUCCCGUUUUCGAGGAAAUGGAACGCCAAGAUAUUGUGUUGAACCUCCAUGGAGAGCUCCCGCCGUCUGCCGGCUCCGACAUCACCGUUCUGAACGCCGAAGAGGCUUUCCUACCUACUCUUCUGGACCUUCACAAGCGCUUUCCCAAUUUGCGAAUCGUUCUCGAACACUGCACUACCGCAGCGGCGAUCAAUGCAGUCAACUCAUGCAGCGACAAGGUAGUGGGCACCAUUACUGCCCACCAUCUCUUCUUGACCGUCGACGACUGGGCCGGCGACCCGCAUUGUUUCUGCAAACCUGUGGCCAAGAACCCUUCAGAUCGAAGAGCACUCCUCGAAGCCGCAGUGAGUGGCAAUCCAAAGUUCUUCCUCGGCACUGAUUCCGCACCUCAUCCCGCCAAAUCGAAGCGCAGUGAUAAAGUCGCCGCCGGCGUUUUCACACAACCGCAUGCUGUAGGCCUUGUCAUCGAUGCCUUUGAGCGAGGAGUGGAGAAGCAGUACAUCAGUGCCGACGAUGUGACACCGGAGAAGCUGAAAGGAUUUCUCUCCUCGUACGGUCGCGAUUUCUACAAGGUGAAGGAUGAGAAGAACGAGCGCAUUGUGCUGAGCAGGAGUUCGGCCGCGAUCGCUGAGAGUUUGAAGAACGAGGACGAAUCGAUUGAGGUCGUUCCCUUUAGGAGAGGGAAGAUGACGUGGGGCGUUUCGUGGAAGUGAAGACGGGGAUCAGCAAAGACCUCAUCGUAAGAGGCUGUCAUUUGCUUCCACUACGAAUGCAACAUUGGUGUCAAAAUUGAGCACUCUGCAAGUCCAGCCGAGCGCGAUAAGCCCAGCGGCGUAGUGACGUGACGUUGGAGAAUAUCAAAUACUAAGAUGCAGACACAUUUUGACCUUUCCAAAUCCGGUAGCAGACUAAACGCCUCGCAUAUCUCGUAUAGCUUCGGGUAUCAUUCUCAUGAACUGUCACAACGCCGCCACUACUGAACCAUCCAUCCCU